AAUUUUGAAACCUGAUCUUGCAGAUUUGUCAUUUGUGCCAAAGUUGACAAACCAAAACCAAAACAUCGCGGGACUGCUAUUUUGCCGUAUUCCCAAAUACAUGCUAUGGUCCCAUUUUGAUUGUUUUAUGGUGAACAGUUGUUUCUGAUUAUUUUGUAGUUCAAAAGGUAGUCUUCCCGUUUAUUACAGGAUUUGGAUUCCUGGUAGAAGGUAGUUAAGCCAGAUACGAAUUGCUGUCAGUUUCUAUGUACAACUUACAAUUUCCUCCCUUGCUGCACUGCGUAUGGAUAUGAAUAUGGAUGAUUUUUUGAGCCAUGAUCUCAUUUUUGGAGAAGACACUUCUUUUGACUUGCCACAAACUGCCGAACCCGUAUGGAUUCUGGGGAGGUCGUACAGUGCUUUGUAUGACUUGGAAGAACUGAAAUCCGAUGUAAGGACGCGAUUUUGGUUCAGCUACCGUAAGAACUUUCCCCCAAUUGGAGGCACCAGUUUUACUACAGACACGGGCUGGGGCUGUAUGCUACGAUGUGGACAGAUGAUGUUGGCUCAAGCCCUGGUGUUGCAGACCCUGGGACGUGAAUGGCGCUGGGUGGAAGGCGCCGUGCGGGAGCAGGCGUACAAUUCCAUUUUAGCUCGUUUUCUGGACCACAAACGCUCUUGUUACAGUGUCCAUCUCAUAGCGCUGAUGGGUGAGAGCGAAGGAAAGAAGCUGGGCGAAUGGUUCGGACCGAAUACGGUUGCUCAAGUGUUGAAGAAAUUGAGUUUCUACGAUGAGAUCAGUAAACUGGCGAUCCAUAUCGCCAUGGACAACUUGCUGAUUGUUGAAGAAGUGCAGCAAGCCUGCAAAAACAGCAGUGGAUUCUGGACACCGCUUCUUCUGUUCAUUCCGCUUAGGUUGGGCCUGACUGAAAUGAAUCCCGCGUACAUACGGGCAUUGAAAUGUUGUCUUUCUAUGAGGGAAUCUGUGGGUAUUAUCGGCGGAAAACCAAAUCAUGCUUAUUAUUUCAUAGGAUUCGUAGAAGACGAAUUGCUCUAUCUGGAUCCUCACAAAACGCAAUCUGCGCCAAAUCUGAAUUUUACUAGUCAAAUGGAGAUCCAGGAUAUUGUUGACGCCGUGAAGAGCAUUCCAGAUGAAAGUUACCACUGUAAUAUGGUUAACAGGAUGGAUUUUUCUCUGAUAGAUCCUUCUGUGGCAUUAGGUUUUUAUUGUCAUACCGAAGGGCAGUUUGAAAAUCUGUGUAAAAUUUUACGCUCAACGGUAUUGGACAAGCAACCCAUGUUAUUCGAAUUGUGCGAGAAAGCCCCUGCUGGAUGGGAUGGAAUCAAGACGGUUAAGGUGCCCAGUAGUGUUUCAGUUUCCGGCGACUCGGGUGUAAGGAGUAACAAUGGAAAAAGCAAGCGCGGUGCAUACGAUUAUGAAUCGGAAACUGAUUCCGAUUACGAAUUACUCGGUUAACCCUGCUGAUGUGUUAAGACAUAGCGUUAUGUAAACUUUUUUAUUGCCUUGAUGGAUUUUUUACGAAAGUGUGGUCAGUUUCGAAGCUAAUUAUAACAGUAAGAUUUAUAAAUUCAUGGAAAUCAUUAUCUCUCCAUAAAAUGCUUUCUGUACUUUAUGUACGUUUGCAGUGUACGGUACAUGGAUACGGAAAGCGUUAUAAAAACCAAGUGACCCGUGUACAUGUAAAGGAAGCGA